CACCCCACUUGGUCUUGUAACAAUGGCGCCGCUGACGCUGCUAUGGCUGACGGCACUGUCGGCCGGUCUGGUGGCCGGGCAGCCGACGCCGCCCCCGCCGCCCUCGCCGCCCCCGCCGCCGUCGCUGCGGCCACUGGCGCUGCUGCUGCAGCCGCCGCCCGCCGCCGCCAACCUCAUCCCCGGCGGCAGGUACGCCGCCUCCCGCCCCGGACUCAGCGUUGGCGCCCACGGAAACAACGGCCGCAGCCACGAUAAGCCCGCAGCCUUCUCAGGUAACUGGCCGUUCGUGUUUCCGUCUUCCGGGAAGGCAGCAACGAAGACGUCGACGCCGACGACGAGCGCGCCUCCAGCGGCUACUAAGAGCACUACCAAGGAGGCACCCCCGGCGCCUUCGGAGACUAUUUUGCCGCUGCGUUCUGAGCCGGCACCCGACAGGGCCGCCGACAUCGCAGCCGUCGACGGUUUUUCUCAGGUGUUCGGGAGAGGCAACUCGGUGCUGGACGAGCCCCAGAUGUCCCGCUGCGUGUGGGCCAUCGUGACCUGCUGCAGCCCCAACUCGAAGGCGGUGCGCUACGGCUGCUUCGAGCAGUCCGGCUGCCACGGCGCCUUCUGGGACACCAGUCCCUGCGAGCGGCACAUCACCAGCUCUGCGCUCGAGGCCGCCCUCCACUUUUACCUCUAGGCUGACCCACCACGGUCCCAGACUCCUCAGCAGCGGCACUUCG